AUGUCAGGGACCAGGAAGGAUGCAAAAUCGAUGUCAGACAGAAGGUCAUCGGAAGGCAAGUCAAACGGCGUCUUCCAGCCAUGGCCAGAUGUAAUCUUCGAUGGAGAGGAUCCUCCAACCUGGGGCUUCGAGGGCGAGGACAGUCGUUCAUUGGGAUACGAGCAGUCAGUGGCUCUGGUCAAGCACCGAGAGCAUUGCGGCAAUCGCAGAUCACAACGCCCUUUCGCAGUGGCGCAAGUGACACAAGAUCCGCAAUGGGAGGGCGGCGCCAGUAUCAUCGACAUGACUCCAGAUGUUGGGAAUGUGCAACAAAGUACUCCAGUACCCGAAGAGCGCACAGGCUUCGAGUUGCCACCUGGAUAUUCUGCCUCGGGCAGCUUUGCGGCCCCUCGCGGAGACGGACAAUCUUCACGAGGUGCGAGUCCACCACCUCUUGGGACUGUAUCAAAAGACGGAGCUGUUUUUGUCGACUGGUACUCAUCAGACGAUCCUGCUAAUCCGCAGAAUUGGUCGAGCAAGAAGAAAGCAUUUGUCGCUAUGCAGAUAUGCUUCUAUACAUUUGCAGUCUAUCUCGCAUCCUCAAUCUAUACACCAUCCAAACCAGGAGUAAUGGGAGCCUUUGGGGUCGGUCCCACAGCAGUAUCUCUAGGGCUCGCACUAUACGUUCUUGGCUACGGCAUAGGACCUCUUUUGUGGUCUCCUAUGAGCGAGAUUCCCAUCAUUGGCCGCAACCCGCCGUAUCUCGUAACCUCCGCCAUCUUCGUCAUCCUAUGCGUACCAACCGCCCUCGUCAACAAUUUUCUGGGCGCGAGCAUGGGUGACAUGUACUCGCUACUCAAACUUCCGUAUCUUAUGACCUUCUGGGCUGCCGCUGCCACGUCUGGCCCUGCCCUCGGACCGCUUGUGUCUGGUUUCAGUGUUCCGCCGGAGAAGUGGCGAUGGUCUUUGUGGGAGAUCCUUUGGGUCUCGGGCCCGGUAUUCCUGCUCCUUUUCUUCUGCUUGCCGGAGACGUCGACGCCGAACAUCCUACUACGCCGGGCCCGAAGGCUUCGAAAUCUCACUGGGAAUCCACGGCUGAGAAGUCAGAGCGAGGUUGUCCAAUCAAAGUUAACAGUCGGAGAAGUUGCCAAUGGUGCUGUAUGGAAACCGAUGCAGAUUCUCAUUCAAGAUCCAGCUAUCAUGUUUGCGGCAGUAUACACCUCUUUGGUCUACGGAAUCUACUACUCCUUCUUCGAAGUGUUCCCAUUAGUUUAUAUGGAUUUCUAUUACUUUAAUUUCGAAUAA